GCUAUGCUUGCUACUAAUAGUAAAGUAACAACUUUUGUCACAACUCUAGUAUCUUUAUGGCUUGGGAUUUUGACUGUUCUAUUUAUGUACAUUCUUUUCAAUGGGAAAAUCGACACCAGUUCCUCUCAUUUGCAGCCUGUGGUACGUCAUGCAGCUGCAGCACUGGAUCCAGUAGAUCUAGCUCCAGAAGAAGAGAAUAGAGAUACCAGUACUAGUAAAUAUGAUGAUAUUGCAAACCAGUUGAGCAAACAAAAAAUAAGGAGAAACAGUUUAGCCUAUGUUAUAUUCCUAAGCCACCUCCUCCCUCCUAUCAAGAAUAUUACCAGAAUCCCUACACCAUCAAGUGAAAUGUUUCUCAACUAUAUUGCACCGGUGGGACUCCCAGUGAUAUUCACUGACAUGCUUUCAGGCACGAAACUGGAUGACUGGUCGUGGGAGAUGGUGAAACAAAAAUGGGGCGAACACGUUUUUCAUAAUGCACGUCAAGGUAACUAUUCGUCAAAAGUAAACAGGCUAGGAAAGCAUGGCAUUAACAGGGUUUCUGUAAGGCUCUCUCGUUUUAUUGACCUUGUUACGGGUGCAAGUCAACCCAAUGAACAUGAAAAAGGUCUCUAUAUAACUAAACAAAAGGUUUUACCGCCAAAUGCACUGGACGAAGAGUUUCAUUAUCCACCUUUCUAUCCUGGAAACCAUCAGCAUUGCUUCUUAGAGCCAACAGGAUGGAUAGGAGCUAGUGGCACGUUUACUCAAGGGCACAUUGACAGUAAAGACAACUUUGUCUAUCAGUUGAUUGGACAAAAGCAGUGGACAAUAUUUUCACCAAAGGACUACCAGUACUUAUACUACACAAAGGCCGAGAGAGGCUCCUUAGAAUGGAGCAAGAUCCUAAAUAAUAGAGAUGAGCCAGACUCUGAAAUGUAUCCUCUGUAUGCAAAAACGCAUCCAAUACAGUUCACAAUGCAAGCUGGUGAAGUAUUAUACCUGCCACGAGGUUGGACUCACUUUGUAGUGAACUUGACACCAUCACUGAUGAUAAAUACAUGGAGAAGAGGCCCUGCUGCAAUAACAGAAUUGUGGAAUGAAAAGAACAGAAGAGAAAUCAGAAGACUUUGCUAUUAGUUUUGUAUCAUCAUUCAUUAUUAUUAUUACAAAUAAUUUUUUAUAGUUUUAAAUCUCCAUGGAUUUAUAGCUGCACCCACGUGCAAUCAUUUUCUUGGAGGAGGUGUGGUAUUGUCGUUAGGGGAGACAUCUAGCUUGGGAGAGAUAUGCAGUUGCUUCUGUUUCUUUUCUUUGCCCUAGUCCUAGUCACGAUUUGUACCUCCCUUGGUAAUCAGGGAGCUCAUAAAACUGUCAGUCAUAGAACCUUCAGACACAAUAAGCAGCAACAGUAUCACGGAGGCGGUAGAGAUCCUGUUAUCCUACAGCUGCCACACACCCAAUUCACAUGUGGAGGCAUACAGUUUAUGCUGAGAAAGAAGCAAAAGCUAACAAAUAUCAUAUCAGAGGUAAUGACUGAAAUGCAGGGCCAGAAACAUGCCAAAAAUAACCAAUCAUCCAACAGUCUUGAGUUGAAAACCAGGAUCCUAACAUUGUAUCAAUCAGAGCUCAACGCCAGCCAAGAGGCUCUAAGCACUGUGCUCUCCAGUUUAAAUCAAACGCUUUACAGCGACUAUCAUUUGUUGGACAUUAUUCGCUUGAGCUGUGAAUCACGGUUAGCUAAACUCCAAUCACUAGUCCUUCAUGCGACUGGUAAUCACAAUGAGGCUCUUACACUAGUAGAAGAAACUAAAGCAGCAGUUGGGCAGAACCUCUCUCAGAGUCACCACAAGCUCGUUGGGGACAUAUUAAAAGAGAUAUCUAUAGCAGCCGAUAAAUUAGAGUAUCAACUUAAAGAUGACAUAUUUCGUAACCUUGUUGAAAAGAAUGGAGCAACUGGCACUGACGUGGAGACAGUCGUUAAAAUAAAGAGCAGUGAGUUGGAUCAAUCGGAAGAAGAUCAGGUCCUUUUAGUCGACUCCCUUAGCAACCAGUACACCUUAUCACGCCCACGGGAUAUCACUGUGCUGAUAGAUGACCCACACCUUGUGAAGGACAUUGUGUUAUUGGUUGUCCUUUGCUCCUUGCUGGGCACUGUGUGUUGUCUCAUUGGCCUGCCUACGCUUUUUGGAUUUGUAAUAACAGGGAUGUUAUUAGGACCAGCUGGAUACAAUACUGUGAAGUGUGUUGUUCAAGUUGAAACAAUCGGUGAAUUCGGUGCUGUCUUUAUUAUAUUCAUUGCAGGGAUGGGAUUCUCUUUGGACAAAUUGAAAAAAGUAUUUCGUUUUUCUCUUUAUGCUGCUUUUCUGUUGCUCUUGGUUCUAAUGCUACUCUCCAUUAUCAUUGGUACACCAUUGGGCAUGUCACUAAAGCAGUGCUUCUUUGUAGCCGUCUGUCUCUCACUAUCCAGUGCAACUUUAAUAAAAUAUUUAAUGGAAGUGAUUAUUAGUAGCUCAAAGAAAAGAUCGCUUAGUGUUGAAACCAUUUCAGCAUCAUCGCUAGAAGAGCCUGAGUCAAGUCUUGUGACAUCCCUCCAAGGUCUUCUUGUUGUCCAGGACAUACAAAUGGCAUCUCUUGUAGCACUGAUGCCAUUCUUUGCCAGCUCACACUCGAAUGGGUCGGCUAGUUUUAUCAGCUACCUUACAAGUCUCAUGAAAUUAAUACAAAUACUUGUUGGGUUCUUUCUCCUCCUCAUUCUGACUCGUUUUCUAUCUCACAAAGUUCUUCAGCCAACAUUUAAAUUAUUGUCUUCGAUUAAAAACAAAGAUGAGGCAAUACUCCUUGGAUCACUUACAAUUUGCUUCCUUCUACUAGCAGUCUCAUUGUUACUUGGAGCUUCUCUUGAGUUUGGUUGCUUUUUAGCUGGUGUAUCAAUCAGUACUUUAGGUAAUAAUAUUGUGGAACAGAUCAGAAAGCUAGUCGAGCCAAUAAAGGAUUUGUUCUCUGCUCUCUUUUUUGCAUCAGUUGGAUUUCAAAUAUUUCCUACAUUCCUCAUAUCUGAGUUUUUCACCAUCUUCUCCAUCACAUUUUGUGUCUUUUCAUUCAAGUUUUUGGUUAACUUGUUCCUGGUUGGGUACAUGGCGGGAUUCUUUCGUCAGGUGACGUGGCUUACGUCUCUAACCAUGGCCCACGUUAGCGAGUUUGCCAUUGUACUGUGUAGUAGAGGAAGACGUCUUAACAUUAUCACUCGUGAAACUUACUUGGUGUUGCUGAGUGUGACUGCACUUAGUCUUAUCUUAUCUCCUGUUCUCUGGAGGCUCCCGUACGUUGCAUCAAAGAUAUACCGGCCACAGGCUCUGUCUCUUAACUGUAGCCCUUUUAGUCGAUGCUAUAGGUUUGUUAGUGGGAGCUUGAACAGGAAAGGAUUUUUAAUGCACUCUAGAUUUUUAAAAUAAUAGACAUUAUCAAGAAUUAAUAAUUUUAUUAAUAAAAUUAUAAUUAUUAUAAUAAUAAUUAUGAUAAUUAUUUUUGAUGCAUUAAGGGAUAAACAAUGUA